GCUUUUAUUGUGACAGCCCCGCCGGUUCCCUGUGCGGCGUGUGUUGAAUGAGAGAUUGUUUUUAUCAACAGAAAAAGUGUUUCGAGUUUAAAAUAUGAAACGUGGAUAAAACCGGAACAACCCGCGUGUUUAUUAUCAGGAAGGGAGCAGCUCCAUGGCGUUUCCUGCCCCCAGACCCGAGGGCCCCCAGCUGCCUCAGGUCCUGCUCCGGACCGUGGACUGUCAGCAGGGGCCGGUACGAGCAGUGAGAUUCAAUGUGGACGGGAACUACUUUUUGUCGUGCGGCGCGGAUAAAUCUCUGAAACUGUGGAGCGUGAACAGAGGGACUUUACUGAAGACGUACAGCGGACACGGAUACGAGGUGCUGGACGCCGACAGCUCGUUUGACAACAGUCAGCUCUGCUCCUGCAGCGCUGAUAAAACCGUGAUCUUGUGGGACGUGGCGUCUGGGCAGGUCACGCGAAAGCUCCGGGGUCACGCGGGGAAAGUGAAUUGUGUCCAGUUUAACGAAGAGGCGACGGUCAUGCUGUCGGGCUCCAUCGACGGGUCCGUGCGCUGUUGGGACACUCGCUCGCGUCGGCCGGAGCCCAUCCAGAUCCUGGACGACGCCCGCGACAGCAUCAGCAGCCUGAAGGUGGCGCAACACGAGCUGCUCACGGGGUGUGUGGACGGGAGGCUGCGGCGCUACGACCUCCGCAUGGGGCAGCUGCACGUGGACUUCAUCAGCAGUCCGAUCACGUGCGUGUGCUUCUCUGCGGACGGUCAGUGCACGCUCAGCUCCAGCCUGGACUCCACCCUCAGACUCCUGGACAAGAGCACAGGAGAACUGCUCGGAGAGUACAAAGGACACAGGAUGAAGGGAUAUAAACUGGACUGUUGUCUGUCCAGUAAAGACACUCACGUCCUGAGCUGCUCUGAGGACGGACACGUUUACUGCUGGGACCUGGUCGAGGGUUCGUUGGCGUUAAAACUGCCCGUGGGUAAAGCCGUGGUACAGUCCAUGUCGUUCCACCCGUCGCAGUGCCGCCUCCUCACCGCCAUGGAGAGGCAGGUCCAGCUCUGGGCCGACCAAUCAGAAUCCACCGAGGAAAACCUGGACACGGACACGUAGGACGCAGCCCCGACCUCGGAUACGCCGAAUACUUUUGAUUCCUCCGCCCACUGUGUAAAAUAUUAUGACUGUUUAUAUGUUUUUACUCUUUUUUAUUAUGUUUUAUUGUGACUUGUGAGCUCCUGUGUCCAUUGUGGAUCAAUACAGUUUGUCUAAGUCUAAAAUAUUUUUGUUUUCACUAAUAAACUGUUAAAAAAAAUCAAAAAUACGAUUAAAUUUUAUACUUUACAACUUUACCAAGGGUCUAAAAUAUCGAUAAUCAGACACUUUAUCAGAAUCAGUCUUGAGUAUUGAGUUAUUUCUUUGUCUGGAAUGUUCCGCAGUUCGGCAUUAAACCUUUCCAUCUCCACGGAGACCAAACUAGACCAAGUUACAGGUCAGAUCUGUGGAGAGGCGACUCCGCUCACAGUCACAAUGUCGGUUUUUCAAGGUUUUUUAAGCCGUAAAACCACCUGUAAUUGAAUAAAUAAAUGUAAAGUAAGUCUCUUUAAAGUCACACUGUGGAACAUUUGCCGCAGCGCAGUGGUGUAUAUAUCCACAGAAACAAGCAGGUGACGGACCCCCAACCGAAAAGUUACAGAGUGCAGCUUUAAGACAUUACAGCAGGAGACAAAAAGGACAAAAAAACAACACAAACUAAUAAACAAAUAAAUAAACACAAACACAGAAAGUUUUUUGGUCGUUUUAUUUUGAUAUGAUCAUAAACGAUAAAUGUUGUGCUUCUUUA